AUGGGCGUUGAGGUUGCAAAGUCUGGUGGGUUUGAGGUAGCUCCGGCUCCGUUCGAGGGAAAACCGGAGACGAACGGGAAGGUGGAGCAAGGAGGCAAAGGAGAGAAAGUCUCCAUCAAGUUCGGCUCACACGAUGAGGCGCCAAAGAAAGCCGCCGAAGAGAAGACCAACAAGAACGUGUUGAUCUCUGAUGUACCAAAAGACGCAGCAGAGGAAUGGCCUGCGGCGAAGCAGAUCCACUCUUUCUACUUUGUUAAAAACCGUCAUUACGAGGACCCCAAGAUCAAAGCCAAGCUUGAGGCGGCUGAUAAAGAGCUUGAGAAGCUGAACAAGGCUCGUGGUGCGGUCUUGGACGAAUUGAAGGCUAAGAGGGCUGAGAGGUCAGAGUUGUUUGAUCUGUUGGACCCGUUGAAGUCAGAGCGUAAAGGAUUCAACACGAUGUUUGAUGAGAAAAGAAAGGAAAUGGAACCGUUGCAGCAAGCUCUGGGGAAGCUAAGGAGCAAUGAUGGUGGGAGUGCUCGUGGACCAGCUAUCUGUUCGUCUGAGGAAGAGCUGAACCAGAUGAUAUACAGCUACCAAUACCGGAUUCAACACGAGAGCAUUCCUUUGACGGAGGAGAAGCAGAUUCUUAAAGAGAUCAGGCUGCUUGAAGGUACAAGAGAUAAGGUCAUUGCUAAUGCGGCUAUGAGAGCCAAGAUCAAAGAGUCUAUGGGGCAGAAAGAUGAUAUCCAAGGUCAAGUUAAGUUAAUGGGUGCUGGUUUGGACGGAGUGAAGAAGGAGAGGCAAGCAAUUUCAGCAAGGAUUGGUCAGCUGAGUGAGAAGGUGAAAGCAACGAAAGAUGAGAUUUUGGUUCUGGAGAAUGAGCUCAAGGCUGUGAGCGAGAAGAGGGACAAGGCUUAUUCGAACAUUCAUGAGCUUAGGAAGCAACGUGAUGAGACGAACGCUGGGUUUUACCAAGGCCGUAAUGUGUUGAACAAAGCUAGAGACUUGGCUACACAAAAGAACAUAACCGACCUUGAGGCACUUGCUAAAGCCGAGGUUGAGAAAUUUGUUACUCUCUGGUGCAGUAAGAAGAAUUUCAGAGAGGAUUAUGAGAAGAGAAUCUUGGCCUCACUUGAUGCUAGGCAGCUGAGCCGAGAUGGGCGGAUGAGAAACCCCGAAGAGAAGCCUAUACUUGCUCCAGAGGUUCCAGCGGCAAAGGCUGCGCCUUCUAAAACCGAGGUUGUCCCUAAAGCUAAUGCAAAGCAGCAGCCAAAGGAGGAACCAGUUUCUGCACCUAAACCAGAUGCUAGUGUUGCUCAGAAGACUGAGAAAGCUAAAGAUACAGCGAAAGUAAAGAAAGUUGUGAAAGAUGAGGAUGAUGAUGAUGAAGUAUAUGGUCUUGGAAAGCCACAGAAAGAAGAGGUAGAUGAAGCUACGGUGAAAGAGAUGAGAAAGCAAGAGGAGAUUGCUAAAGCCAAGCAAGCUAUGGAAAGGAAAAAGAAGCAGGCGGAGAAAAAUGCUGCUAAAGCUGCUCUAAGAGCUCAAAAGGAAGCUGAGAAGAAAGCUCAAAAGGAGCAAGAGAAGAAAGCCAAGAAGAAAUCUGGAGGCAACACAGAAGCGGAGGCCAUCUCUGAGGAAGGUCCAGAAGCUUCUGAGGCUGAGAAGGAGGAGACUGAAGCUCUAGUAGAGGAGAAGCCACAGAAGGAGAAAGUCUUCAAGGAGAAGGCGAUAAGGAACAGGGUCCGCAGUAGAGGAGGACCAGAAAAGCUCCCAAGAGCGAUCCUCAACCGUAAGAAGGCCACUAAUUACUGGGUUUGGGCUGCUCCAGCUGCUGCUGUUGUGGCACUGUUGCUUCUUGUCUUGGGUUACUACUACGUUCUCUAG